UUCUUAUUACGCCCUCCUCCCUUUUAUCUUUUCAUUACCAGCACCACCAACAUUACCAUCACCACAUCAUCCGGUCUUUCUACUUCUUUUGUCUCCAAACAUUCUCACACACACAUAUAUAUAUAUACAUACAAAAAUAUAUAAUAUCAUGCCAUAGUCCUUCUUAUAUUUCAAUGGAACCAAACAACAACAACAACAACAAUAAUGUAUCACCGGCAAGUACCAGCAGCAGCAGUAACUGUAGUAGUGGAAGAAGAAGAUGUAGCUAUAGUAUCAGCGCUGACGUCAGCAGCGAGUCUGAAGAGAGUUCAAGUGGUUUUUCGAAAUCUUCUUGUUCUUCAUUUGCUGUUUCGGGCACUGAUUCUGUUUUUCAAAUGCCCCUUUUUAGUUUUCCCCUAAUGAGUAAUAAUAAUAAUGAUAAUGACAAUGAGGAAAUUAAGUGUUGGGAUAGUAGCAACAGCAACAAACAGCCCUCUCAGCCUCUGAAUAAGAAUCAUCUGAAUGAUUCUGAUUUGCCAUUAGAGAUUGAUAUGAUGAAGGAGAAGUUUGCUAAGCUUCUGCUUGGGGAGGACAUGUCUGGAGGAGGUAAAGGUGUAUGUACUGCGUUAGCAAUUUCAAAUGCUAUAACAAAUCUUUCUGCAUCUGUAUUUGGGGAGCUUUGGAGGUUGGAACCGUUAGCAACUCAAAAGAAGGCAAUGUGGCAAAGGGAAAUGGAAUGGCUUUUAUCAGUAAGCGACUCCAUUGUGGAUUUUGUACCUUCAACACAACAAUCUCCGUCUGGAGGUUCUUAUGAAGUAAUGGCAACAAAACCACGGGCUGAUUUGGCUCUAAAUCUUCCAGCUCUAAAGAAGCUUGAUUCAAUGUUGAUUAGUAUGCUAGAUGGGUUUUGUAAAACAGAGUUUUGGUAUGUGGACCGUGGUAUAGUUUUAGCAGAAACUGACAAUUGUGAAGCAUUUCCGGCCCGUGUUUGUGGAGGGAGGCCGUCAAUUAGGCAAGAGGAGAAAUGGUGGUUACCAUAUCCGAAAGUACCUCCAAACGGGUUAUCUGAGGAUGCCAGAAAGAGAUUGCAGCAAUGCAGGGACUGCACAAAUCAGAUAUUGAAGGCGGCCUUGGCAAUAAAUAGUAAUGUGCUUGCUGAGAUGGAGAUCCCAAACGCUUACUUGGAAUCCUUACCCAAGAAUGGAAAAGCAUGUUUAGGCGACAUCAUCUAUCGAUACAUAACUGCUGAAAAGUUCUCUCCAGAUUAUCUUCUUGAUUGCUUAGACUUGUCAUCAGAGCACCACACUCUGGAAGUUGCAAAUCGGGUUGAGGGGGCAAUUUAUACGUGGAAACUGAAAGAUUGCAAGAAAAAUACAAAUCAUUCAAAAGCCAAGCAUUUAUCAUGGAGUGGGAAAGUUAAGGGGCUAGUUGUUGAUGGUGACAGGAAUUCUCAAUUAGUACAAAGAGCAGAAACCCUGCUUCAUAGCUUGAGGUUACGAUUUCCAGGCCUUCCUCAAACUUCAUUGGAUAUGACCAAAAUUCAAUAUAACAAGGAUGUUGGGCAGUCGAUUCUUGAAAGCUACUCAAGGGUAAUGGAGAGCUUGGCAUUUAACAUAAUGGCAAGAAUUGAUGACGUUAUCUUUGUAGAUGAUGCUACAAAACGUUGUAUGGCUUCAGAAUCUUUAUCCACAUUCGACCGAGGAGGUCUUGGAGGCCGUCCAAUCCUAAAACGGAUGUCACCAAGUCCCUUCUCAAUCCAACACACACCUUACGCCUCUCCAUUUGCCACUCCAACUUUCUGUAUUUCCCCUACUUUAAUCCGUAGCCCCGGAAGAGCACCUACACCUAUCAAUGGCGAUACUUGUGCCAAUGAUAUGUUAGAUAUCCCAAAGCCUGCUGACCUGAACAAGCUUUGGACGUAUGCCGGAAGUAAUGUAACAGAGCGGGAUUGAAGAGGUUAAUCUACUUUGAGUUUGUUAGUUAUUCCUAUUGUAUAUGUGUUUAGAAAUGUAGGUUCAGGUUGUGAGGUGUUGAGUUUAUGGUUUUUAGUUAGCCAUGGGAUCCUUACGCCGGAGAUUGUUUCACAACUAGUUAAUGAUAGUAGGUAUGAGUUAUCAAGAUAUAUUCUUCUGUUAUUUUUGUUCCAAAUUGGUAAUAAUCCUAAUUAUGUUAGGUGUUUGGUUGGUAAA